AGUUCCAGAAAAAACCGUUGCCACGCGUGCUGACGUCGGAGUUCAAUCUAACCUACAAAAUCUAACCUACGGACGUCAAAAACAGUUUAUAGACAAAAUGACGGCGUUAACAAUUGUGGCGAAAUUUUGGCAGGAGUAUGCGAAAAAUACGCCGAAGAAGCUCAAAAUAAUAGAUGCUUAUCUGCUUUAUGUAUUUUUAACGGGUGUCAUAGAAUUCGUGUAUUGUUGUCUAGUCGGAACAUUCCCCUUUAAUAGUUUUCUCAGUGGAUUUAUUUCCAGUGUUUCCUGCUUCGUACUUGGAGUUUGCUUACGACUACAAGUGAAUCCCCAAAAUAAAAAUCAAUUUCAUGGAAUAAGCCCAGAAAGAGGAUUCGCAGAUUUCAUUUUUGCACAUGUAAUUCUACACAUUGUUGUUAUGAAUUUCAUUGGUUGAAAAGGCAAAAUGAGAUUUCACUUGUGAAAUUUUGUAAUAAACUACCAAAAACAUUA